CCCACCCCUCUCCCCAGUCGACGCUUCUAGCACAUCCGCUUCCCCUCCCCCUCCCCCACACACUCGACGGCGCCGCGGAUCCGGUUGUACCUGGCGGUGAUGGCGGCGGCAGGCGGCGGCGGGGCGUUCGGUGGAGGGGCGUUUGGCGGCGGGGCUGGUGUCGGAGGGGCUGGCGGCGGCGGGGCUGGCAGAGGGGCGUUCGGCGGCGCGGCUGGCGGCGGAGGGGCCGGCGGUGGCGGGGGUGAGCGGCCGUGGCUUCGUCUGCCUACAUACGCGCAGCUACUGCUCAGCUCCCUGCGGGCCACCCGCACUACCUUCGAGGAUCUGCAGGAGCGGGCUGGCAGCCUCGCCAAGCUCGCGAACGACCUACAGACUGGUGUCAUCGAGGGCAACGUGGCGAUCCUCACGACAGCUGCGGUGAAGUUUGGGCACCGUAAGGUCAUGGACAUCCUCCAUGAAAGGUUCUAUCCCAACCGUGGAUCUCUCAAGUAUGCCAGAGUGAUCACGCGAAGCCUGCAGAGCUCACCGCCGGAUUUUGAUCCUGUGCUACUCGCAUCCCUUGAUCUUGCUCAGUCAAGGCGUCUGUCAUCGUUCCUUAAGUAUGCCGUCAGUGAGCUCAACAGUAUAAAUGGACAUUUAGGGCAGGCUGGGGUUGGUGCUGCCACUUGGUUCAGAGAAUUGCGUGCCCUCAAUGAAAAUGCAGAUGAUUUCCUGCAAAGAGUCGCACUCCAGUAUGGCCUGACCAGGGGUGUUCUUGCCGCUGGUUUAGCACAUCUUCAUCAGGCGAUUGCGGCCGCCACUGAUCUCAUCACCAGGUUCAACGAAGAGCCAACUGCUGUCCGUCAUCUUUUCACCGCGUUUACCUCGGCAGGCCCACUGCAUAGUGAUAUCAGGUCUAUAAGUCUAUUGCUGUUUAAGACGGCAGCGGUUCACUGCUUCCAAAUCCACCAUGCUGUGAGCAUUAUCAACGAGGAUAAGCAACAUGGUUCCCUACCAUCCGAUGGAUGCUCGAGAGGAGUAGGAGGAUUAUCAGAGAGGAUGGGGAUAGACGAUUUCUUUCUACAGAUCUACUGCGUCUACUCACCAUCUAAUUUGAUGCCUGCCCGUGCUUCAUAACUUUGUUAUGUCUUGUGAUGCAUCAGAUGAAACUGGGAAGUCAUUGAAUUAUCUUUUAUCGUAUCAUGACAUCUUAUUAACACUAUUAGAGUAUAGUUACUCGAUGCAUUUGUUAACUAUAUGAGUGAUUUUCAUUAGAUGUGCAUGAUUAGAUGUUAAUGUUGUUUUAGUUGUGAGAUUGUUAGGCUACUAAGUUAUGCCUUGGUUUAAUUAUUAUCUCAUGAUGUUAACGUGUAUGGCUUGCAUGAUUUUUCCUUUAUUUCUUGGUUUAUUGCAUGAUUGAGGGAGUGAUUUCAAAAAUUACUAGCAUCAUGCAGUAGUUAAUUGUCAAAGAUAACAUGUUAGGAUUAAAAGUUGUUUGCAUGGAUCUAUAGGAAUUAGCAUGUUGCUUAGUCUGUUACCGAGGUGCGAUUUUUGUCCUUGUAGGGAGUGCUGGAUUAAAAAAAGCAUGUUAGGAUUAAAAGUUGUUUGCAUGGAUCUAUGGGAAUUAGCAUGUCACUUAGUUUGUUAGUGAGGUGCUAUUUUUGUCCUGCUUGUAGUGACUGCUAGAUUUAAAAAUAAUAAGUCAACAUGUAGAUUAUUUAUUUAGUCCAAUGUGGGUAAAAUGUUGUCUGCUUUGUAAACAUGUUUUUGAAUGUAUAUCUUCGUUCACUAGAAGAAAUGGUGCUAGUUCACUAUUGGGUUCAUUUUGUGUUAUACCGUUAGAUAAAAUGCAUGCUUAAGAAAAAUAACAAAGGGAGCAAUCCUAUCUUAGUGGACAUUAAUUGUAUUAUAUCAUUUUAUUGUCUUUGUCUUGUUGAAUAUAUCCUAGGUUGGCUCUUCAAUAUGACUGAUAUGUUUUUUCCUUGUAUUGAUGCUCCUUGUUUCCCUAAGAAAAAAGACAUGCAAUAUUCAAUUAGUCAAUAGUUUUGCGAAACGUGCGAGCGUAACCUAUGUGGGGAGGAAGAGCACAACUUGUUAGGGAAAAAUGACAUCAUGUAUUAGUUAUGUUUUGUGUGGAGAGAAAGCACAAGACGUCUGAUAAGCUUGUGGUACUAUAUGAUUAUUAUUAUCUCAUUUUGUUAAUCUGUGUUCAUUUAUGGUUUUGUACUCAUUAAUUAAUUUGUUAACUGUAUAUAGAUCAUUUAUAAGGAAGGUGCUUUCAAAAUUUUAUUAAUUAAAUAUUGUAUAUAGUUUUGAAAACACAAACUAUUAUAUUAAAAUUGUUUGAAUGGAUAUAUAAUAAAUAGAACGAAAUUGAUAUAAUGAUAUAAUAAAUAGAAUGAAAAUGUUUCAACGAUAAUGUUGUAGUUAAUUUUUAGAUGAUGAAUCGCUGUUUGCAUCGUGUGAAGUAGUAUGAAAUGAAUAUGAUGAUUAUUUUGUUUUGCUCAUAAGUAUAUUAAAAUUAAUAAGAGAUUUGACUUCUAGAUUUUCUAUUUAGUUCAAUGUUGUCCAUAUUGUGAAUAUAUAUUUAAACAUAUAUCUUUAUUUAAUAAAAUAUGAUAAUAGUUUAAUAUUGGGUUCAUUUUGCAUUAUAUUGCGUGCAUUGGCCAUAAUAUAUCUUAUUGUUUUUAUUGUCUAUAUAUAUUCUUUUUUAAUAUUUUUUCUGUUGGUUUCUUUAUCAUGAGUUUGAUAUGUCUAGUAUUGACCAUGACUUGUUUCUGUCCAGGGAAAAAAGUUCAAUAUAGUGUUGGGAAACAUCUGUUGUAAGCUAUGUGAGGAGGAAGCACACAACUCAAGACAUCUGAUAAGCCUGUGGUGAGCCUCAGGUUCUGCAACAAAUGUUACUCCCUCUGUCCCAAAAUAAGUGACUCAACUUUAUACUAAAGUUAGUACAAAGUUGAGUAAUUUAUUUCGAGACGGAGGGAGUAACAAAGUACAGAGAUCUCCUUACGAUCAAGGGAAACAACUGUUGUGUGAAUGGAACAUCUAUUGACACACUUUAUUCGGCAUGGUAUCCUUGGUUGCAUCAUCUAUUGCAAUUGUUGGUUUGAAGGUUAACGAUGUGCUGGUUUAAUUAUUUGAGAUAACAAGCAUUUUUAUUGACCCAUAAAGCUUAUUGGUGUGCUGAUUUCAGUUGCCAGAGAUGUUUAUGUUCCAGGAAUAGUUAAAUUCAGUGUAGGAGACGGGGAGGCUGAAGACCUGCUUCCUCAAUCUCAAUUAUUGGAGCUGCUGGUUUCAAGACUACAGGUGCUGCUUAUAUUCCAUGAAUAUUUUGAUUCAGGGAAGGAGAAGGGAACGGGGAUGAACUGCUGCAUCAACUAUUGCAGUUGUGGAGGCUCAGGCGCUGCAGACGUUUUUGUUCCCAUGAAUAUUUGGAUUCACUGAAGAGACGGAAGUGAAUAACCUGCUACAUCAACGUUUAAAGGGUAGAUAUGUUGUGGAUAGAGUUCUGGUUGUUUGCGUGUGUGGGUGCUUUGUGCGGAGUCAGUCCAGGCCACGAGUCGGUUAUAAACUAUAGUGAUCUCAAACCAUAAAAAAUAUAUUUUAACUGCAGAUGUAAAGGUUUAUGAAUUUAUUUGUGUUCAAAUGCCUUUUUAGAAUUGAAAAUUGUUUUUCGUUUUUCUUUUGGUAAACGUUUCCAACCGGCGCACCGGCCGAAGCUUCGGCCGGUCGCACGGGAUGCGAUUGAUCGAGUGGGAUCGAACGAACCGUUUUUCUGCUCGGGGUAUAGCUGGACUAGGUAAUGUGGCCUACUCUCCACCAAACAUUCCUUAUCCUUUUCUUCUUUCUUCUUCUUCCUCGGUCUGCAUCUAGACUUCACCGCUGCUUCUUUUUCCUCCCUAGCAACACCUCGCAAGCUGCUGGUUUUCUUCAUCGGAGGCGGUGGUGCUGAAUAGCAGCCACCUCACGUCCGAGCCUCCGCUCCCCCUCGUUGCCUGCGCACACACCGCUGCGAGGUCAACACUCAUGACGAUGCAACAUCACCAUGGACGUGCCCACACAGCUUUGCUUUUUCUACGGAGUGCUGCAACCGGUCAUGGGAGAUGCUACAUCCGCCGUGAGGGAUGCUAUAACCCAUAAACUUUUUUUUGCUGGAACCAACUACUGUAUUUGUCGCUGAUUCUUUUUUUGCUGGAACUAGUGUUUUGUUUUGCUACCACCGGUGACAUGGUUUGCUACCACCAUACGCAGUGACCGGCCGAUUUUUUUUCUUGCUACAACCGUGUCAUAUUUUUGCUGCAAUCGGCAGCCACAGAAACUACAAUCGGUUAACAUUUUUGCUACAAUGGCGACGACGGGCGGCACGGCAAGCUUUUAAUUUGCUGGAACCGUUACCCUUUUUUGCUACAACCGUUCGUUCUUUUUGCUGCUACCGACACCCGACGGAGAGUACAGUUUCUUUGUGAGCUCAUCGCCGGAGGUGCUGCGACCUGCAAUCACCGCACCCCGAAGCUGCGUCCGCCGUCAUCGGAGCUGCGACCGUCGUCACCGGGAGCUGCAACUACGGGGACAUAUGUUGCUGCAUGCAUGGAGCCGACGAGAAACACAUGAGAUGACGGCAGUGAGGGGCGGCGACCAGCGUGACGCGCCAGGCAGUGCUUCUAGGCCGGGCGCGUCGCUCGUCCAUGGCGGCGCUAUGGGGCUGCUUCCUAGGGAAGAAGACACAGGGGAAGAAGGAAGGAGAUCCUGGGGUUCUACAUUGCUUAAUUUGCUACAAUCAUUGUUUUUUUUUCUGGAAUUAGUCUACUUUUUUGCUACGAUCGACCACUGAAUCUUUCCCGGUUCGAGUUUGUUUUCUGCUGGAACCGGUGCUUAAUUUUGCUACAAUCAUUGUUUUUUCUGCUGGAACUAGUCUACUUAUUUGCUACAAUUGACCACUGAAUCCCUAGCUGAGUCUACUUUUUUGCUUCCACCAUGUUCUGUUUUUGCUGGAUCCUGUCAUUGUUUUUGCUUCCACCAUGUUCUGUUUUUUUGGGCACCACAAUCAGAGUUGCGACCGUGGGGGCGUUGUCGGGCUGCCGCCGGCGAGUUGGCCGGUGCUGCAGUAGAAGCAUGCGAAGGAUUACGGGGGAGGAGGAGGUGCAUGGUUGCUAGGCAUGGACAUGGGAAGACUAGGGGGAGGAGUGGAGACGCGGCGACGGCGAACUCCGACCCACGACGGGGGCAGCGACGGCGAACUCAGACCCAUGGCGGGGGCGGCGACCUGCGUGGUGGGCGGGGGUAGGUGGUCGUGGUGGGCAGGGGCAUGGCGGGUCGAUUUGAUGGGGCGAGAGGAAUUUUUCUCCUACUCGCUCGGGACGAUGGGUGGGGGAAUGAAGCGGGGAAGCUGAUCUGGUGGACAAGAUGCCUUGCAUCGUACGGCGCGGAUGCGACCGGCCCAAAUUUUGGGCCGGUGCGCCGGCGGCGCAGAUUAGCGCCCUUUUCUUUUUCUGUUUGGCUGCCACUUGAAUUGUUACAUCAAAGGAAAUGAAUACCAACUUCGGAUGUUCUACAACUCUAGAACAUUCCAUAUAGAAACAUGAUAUUUGAAUGGACCCUACUACAGAGCAGCGCCGUACCUGCGCGUUCCCCUGCGGCGGCGGGAAGUUGCAGCCCAUGCAACAGCUGUGCGAGGGCAUGCGGCGGCAGAGAGGUAGAAGUAAAGGUACUAGUAGUACUACUAGCUAGCGACGGUAAAAAAGCAGCCACUGCUCACAAGUUUUUGAAAGAACUAUCUAUAUUAGGUUGCCAAAAUACAAAUGAAUUAAUUGCGAUAACCGUCUGGUAUUUAUGGUGGGAGAGACGCAUGUUGGUUCAUGAAGAGAAAUCUCAAGAAGUGAAUCAGAUUUCGAUGGGGAUUCGUGCUAUAACUGCAAACUAUGUGAAUGCCCACUCCCCUAGUGCGACUAGUAGAAAAGAAGGAUGGAGCCGACCUCCUAUGGGUUUUGUUAAACUAAAUGUUGACGCUUUUUUUGACCAUGAUCUACUCAGGGGCACGGCAGGUGUGGUGCUCAGAGAUGACAAAGGAAACUUCACUGCUGGCGGAAAUUGGAAGAUCGAUUGGUGUGCUGAUGUACUAACAGCAGAAGCGAUGGCUCUUAGGUUUGGUUUAAUUCUUGCACAAAAGAUGGGAUGCAAUCGUCUUAUUAUUAACUCUGAUAAUAUGGAAGUCAUCGACACAAUGAAGAAUGGAGGACAAUCGGCGGGAGUUGCAGCGGCAGUAUUCGAGGAUUGCUAUUUCAUGGCAUGCGAUUUUCCGUUGACUAGAUUUGAACAUUAUAAUAGGGUAGCUAAUAAGGUUGCUCAUGAACUUGCUAGGCUAGCGAAAGUUUCUGUAACUAGAGAUUGGUUUGAGGAGCCUAUGGAGAAUAUUGUAUCUUUUCUUAUAGACGAUGUAACUAUCAUUUCCAAUUAAUAAAGUGGAUGUUUUCUUUCAAAAAAAAAACAACGCCUCCGUGUUAUUAGCUUGUGGGUUUUUAUCAGUUUUGUCAUCGGCUGUACUACACUACUCAGUUCUAUUACUAAAAGGUUUCACUGCUAAAAAAUGCCAUUGUUCCGCUAGAUGCGUGCUAAAAAAAGCCAUUUUCACUGUUACUGCCAUGUCAAAGGACAUUGAUCGAAGGUAGAUGACAAAAAUACCCCCUAUCCCGUUUGAUCGAAGGUAGACGUGUGCUAAGGGGAAGUUUUGAUGUAGAUGGAAAUAUAUGUCAUACAUCCUUUAGGUAAAUAGUAAUAUUUAAACAGAACAGUAUAUAAUAUUGUUUCUAAUUGACAGCAACAACAAAUAUGAUAGCAGGAGCACAUGAUUUUGUAAAGUUCUCUGAAAAUUUCAGCAUGGUGCCUGCCCAUUUUUAUGAAAACAACACAAAUGCACCAAGGUUUACAAACUUCACAUGUGCAGCCCUUUCUAAUUCUAGUAUCCGUAUCCAUCCUGACCAUCAGAACAUGUGUACCAAAUUGUACGAGAGUAUCAAUAAGGCACCACACCAAUCAGCUAUUACAAAUUCUACACAAGAAAUUCCAUCUCUACAAGCUACUAUGAGCCACACACGCACCACACUAAAAAUUAGCAUACUCACCCUGCCGGAAUUUCAGAGGCUAUGACAUGCUGGGAGGUGGCGGAGCUGGACUCGGGAGGAGCUGCGGAGUCAGGCGGGAGAAGCGCCGGAGCUGCCUGCCUCGAGUGGCGGUGCUGGGCGGGAGGCGGCGCCAAAGCCGCGACGGGUAGCGGCGCUGGGUGGGCAGCGCGGCGGCUGCGGCGAGUGGAGGCGUCGGAGCUGGGCGGGCAGCCUGGCGACCUGCGGUUACAAUUGAGGAUCAGCAGGCGGCGGCUAGGAUUGUGGUUCCGGCUAGGGAAACUGAUAUGAGCAGGUUGGGCAUAUAACGUGGAGAGAGAUCUUGCAAAUGAGACCAGCGCAUUAUAGUCAUAUAACGUGGUCAACGUCUAUUGAUUUGACGGUAACGGUGAAAAAAAUGCUUUUUUGAGCACGCAACUACUGUAACCGUGGAAGAUUGAAAAAAUUUAGUGGCAGAACUGAGAAGUAUAGUACAAUCGAUGGAAAAACUGAUAAAACUAUUAACUUUUGCUUUUGAAGGAUA